AUGGUAAAGCCUCGUGUAAUUUACUGGUUUCGCACCGAUCUACGACUUCACGAUUCACCUGCCCUCAAGGCUGCUCUCGACCUUGACCCGUCUGUAUUCUGGCCCAUCUUCACAUGGGAUCCUCACUACGUCUAUCGUGCAAGAGGAGGUCUCAAUAGAUGGCAGUUUUUAGAAGCACCCCAGACCCUGUUUCCAAAGCUCUUCAAGGCCUGGAAAGUCACCCACAUUGUCUUUGAGAAGGAUACCGACAGCUAUGCCCGUGAACGCGACAGUAUCGUGACCCAGGCAGCUAAAGAUGCUGGCGUUGAAGUCAUUAUCCGUUCUGGCAGGACACUUUGGGACAGCGAUCAAAUAGUAGAAAAGCACGGCGGGAAACCAACCAUGUCUAUCACCCAACUUCAGGCCGCAGGGAGUAAGCUUGGCCAGGUCAAAAAGCCGAUACCUGCCCCCAAAAACCUCCCAGACCCUGGAGACAUGCCUGUCAACUUCGAUCAAGAUGAGCCGGACACCAAACCCGACUUCAACUCAGAGAUCAGGACAGAAGGAGACAAGACAUACACCAAGAUAUCUGGACCAAAAGGCGACUUUGCCAUAGAAACAAUGGAGGAACUUGGCUUUCCACCUGCGACCACUCCUCAUCGUGGAGGUGAAACGCUUGCGCUCAAAGCACUCGAUGAAAUCAUCGCAGACAAGAAAUACACGGCUACCUUCCAAAAGCCCAAGACGAGUCCAGCCCAGUUCGAACCACAGGCGACAACUCUGCUAUCACCGCAUCUGCACUUUGGCUCACUCUCUGUGCGAGAGUUCUACUGGCGCGUGAAAGAUGUUGUGGAUUCAUACAAGGGUGCUUCCUCACCUCCUGAGAGUCUGAUCGGUCAGCUACUCUUCAGAGACAUGUACUUUGCUGCUCAGGCUGCGCUGGGAUAUGUCUUCUCACAGACAGCCAACAAUCCGUACUGUCGUUUUAUUCCCUGGCAUCUGCCCUCGAAAAGGGAUCCAGAGACGGGUCUUGUCACUGGAGAGUACCACGUGGACUCGGAGGAGGCAGAUAUCUGGUUCAAAAGAUGGAAGGCUGGUAUGACUGGGUUCCCUUGGAUCGACGCUCUGAUGCGACAGCUAAAAGAUGAGGGGUGGAUUCACCAUCUUGGACGUCAUGCUGUAGCAUGCUUCCUCACAAGAGGUGGUUGCUACAUCGACUGGGAACGAGGCUGCGAAGUAUUCGAGGAAUGGCUUAUCGACCAUGAGCCGGCAUGCAACGUAGGAAAUUGGCAGUGGCUGUCCUGCUCAGCCUUCUUCUCGCAGUACUUCCGCUGCUACAGCCCAGUGGCCUUUGGACAGAAGUGGGAUAAGAAAGGGGAAUUUAUCCGUCGAUACGUGCCCGAGUUGAAGAAUAUGGACGCCAAGUACAUCUACGAGCCCUGGAAAGCUCCUCUGACGGAUCAGAAGAAGGCAGGCGUUCGCGUCAAGGGAGAUGGUUUGAACAAUGUCGAAGAGGGCACAUACCCCAAACCAAUGUUCGAUUUCGCCAAAAGACGUGAUGUGUGUAUUUCUUCUAUGAAGGUUGCAUACCAGGUCGGACUUCAUGGAAAUGACGGCCAAGCACUCGACGGGACGUGGCGCAAGCUGUUUCCUACAGAUCGUGGGGAAGUGCAGGGAGAUGUUGAGAGUGGCUACGGGGAGCAUGCUGAUGAAGAGGGCAAGUCUGACAACGAGGCUAAAGAGGAAGGGGAGGGUACAUCCUCUGUCAAGAAGGAAGAUGAUACGACAAAAGGCAAGCGGAGUGCAAGACGGCAUAGCACGGAAAAGGUACCCAAGAAGAAGAAAGUAUGA